AUGUCUCUGCCUGAAUGGCUUCCCAUCGACGAAUCAGUUCCUCAUCAGCUCCUCACACUCGUCUUUCCGGUCCGACAAGGUCAUGUUUUGCUCGGCAUGAAGCGACGUGGCUUCGGAUCAGGGCUCUACAAUGGAUUCGGCGGCAAGGUUCACGCGGACGAGACUGUUGUCCAAGGCGCAGCUAGGGAGCUUCUUGAGGAAGCUUGCAUAACGUCGGCAGAUCUCAUUUAUGCUGGCAAGCUCUUCUUUGCAUUUGAGACACAGCCUCGCCUCAUGGAAGUCUUUGUAUUCCUCUGCGAACAAUGGACUGGCGAACCACACAUUACCGAUGAGAUGCAGCCCGAAUGGUUCGCGCUCGACGGCGUGCCCUUUGAUCGCAUGUGGCCUGACGAUGUCCUGUGGCUCGACGCGCUUUUGCGGACCAAGGCGCCCGUGCUGGGUCGGGUCGACUUUGCGCUGCCCGAAGAGGGCGCGCGUACUGAGGACGGACGGUUGCGGAGAUGCUCCUUCCUCGACGCGGGAGAUGCACGGACGAGCGUGGCGGCGCUGGGCGUCACACGAGAGGCCCAUGCUCAAUCGUUUGGAACGACCCCUAAAGCCUGUCUGGUUGCACUUGCUGCCUCUGUCAUCGGCACACAUGCAUCGCUGGAUAAGCGUCAGCGCCAGACGCCUCUUCAGCAGGUCAUGCAAAUGAAGACAAAGACCCUCGCCUCAGAUGGCGGAUCAAUCAUCGACCAAACUGUUAUCAUCGAUGGCAUGAACAUCCGCUUCCGCGUAGCAGCGCCAGCUUCGGCUUUCGUUACGCCGCCACAAAGCCAGGCCGGCACGCAAUCGACAGCGAUGACCGGUCAGACCUUCACAUCCUCGCGCAAGACAAACGCUACAGCUUCGCGUGCUGCUUCCAACCUCGGCCUCAACGUCUUGCUGCACGGCGAUGGAGGCCAGUCAUUCAUCGCCUUUCCGAACCAAGAUAGCCGAGCCGGACUCAUCGGCGUUGCUGUUCUCGCCCCCGACGCUCAACUUCAUUGGGGCGGAGGGAGCGGCGUCAACAGGCCCAACUCGGCGGCUCAGACGCGUGCGCUUCAGACACUCGUCACUCAAGUUCUGCCUCCUCUCGUCAGCUUUGACAGCUCCAAAGUGUACUUCUCUGGCGUAUCGGGCGGAAGUAUACUACUGAGCUCAUUUGUACUGCCUAUGCUCGCUGGACCGCUACAAAUUCGCGGCGCGCUGAUGUCUUGUGGCGGACUUGCGCCCAAGACUGACUUUGUGGACGCAGCAAAGGUUCUGCCGAAUCUUCGCGUACAUUGGCAAUCCACCACCGCUGAGCUUGACUCGCUCAAACAAUCCAUACCGCCUGCCCUGACCGCGUACGAACAGCUCGCGGCAAGCGCAGGCAUGACAAAAGAACAGAUCAAUCGCCUUCAGACUGCCGAUGCAACACCCACUGGCGGACACUGUGCUUUUGACGGCCGAGACUUUGAAUCUGGCGUUGCUGCUCUCAUGUCUGAUUACUCGUCAGUCAUACAGGGCGAUGGCUCAGUGCGAGGUUUGCAAGGCAUCAACAAUGUCGCAAAGGGCGUCAUCGGUCAGGAACGUUUGUUUGCAUAG